AUUCCAGGUCAUUCUGGUGUUAUGUAACACUCCCUGGUCGCGCUGCUUCCCCUCUCCCUCAGAUAUCUGCUGUCCUCUCUACACGAGCACUCUCUGAUUUUAGCGAAGGCUUUCAGUAAAAGUCAGGAUGAUUUUUCAGGCUCUUUUCGACUGUAUGGACCUCUCUAGUUGGCUGUUGUUCAGUUUCUUGGUGUUACUUUUGGCUGAUGUUGUUAUAAACUGGAGACCACACAGCUUUCCUCCAGGACCUUUGGCAAUACCUUUUCUUGGAAACAUUUUCACUGGAGUGGACUAUAAAGCCAUGGAGAAGGUAAGCUCACCUUUAGCUUAUAUAAUGGGUGGAUUUUUGUUAUAUAUAAUGCAUACGUCAUGUUCUUUUUUGACGUUGUGUUUGGAAAUAAGACGACCACAGAAGAAACAGUUGCAGGAUGUGAUUUUCAGUUCCUUGACAAAAAAUAAAUGAACAAAACACCAAAUUUACAUCAGUGACCAAAAUUUCAGACUUAAGGUCCUAACACACUGAGAACGACGCAAAAUUACGAAAUAUUCUAGGCGAAUUUUUGACAUUUCGAAGUUUUGAGGUGCACGACUAUACACAUCAAGCACGAUGUGAUUUUGCAACUAAGACGUUUAUCAAACUGUUAAAGCGCACAAACCAUCGUCGUAUGAGAAAUCCAACGCUAUGACUCUCCACAAGUCGUCCUUCAGGUCGAAAUCUGAUUGGUCAGAAGUGGACACACAGUAAGCGAAACUUUUAAAAAAUUCAACCGUGAUCCGAAAGAAUAAAUGCCGCAAUAUCGCAGGACGGGAAAACGUCGCUGAUGUGAACACUUGUAUUGACAGGAUACGGGUUCGAAAAAAAAUAUUGACGUCAGAAAUAAUCGCACGAAAAAAGUGUGUAAGGACCUUUAGACCCACCGCUGCUUAACAGAAAAAGAAAAGUUUACUAUAUUAAUAAAAUCUUUUUGAAGGUAAAGUCAUUAAGCUGGUUACUGAUGUUAGCAGGUAAAGGUUCAGAUCUAAACCACUAAAUACUAAAGUCAAACAGGGAAACUUUGAAAAGCUCCAGGGUUCAAUAUUUGUUUAUCGAAUUUAAAUAUUGACUUCAUAAACCUCUAAAUUCAGGAUUUUAAACAUCUCUAAAACAGAUUUAUUGGAAAUAAAAAAAAAUGUUAUUAAAACAAGGUUAAUACAGAGAAACAGUGAACUCUGUAGGAGACAGAAACACCACAUGACAGCAGGAAAAAAAUCCGAGUUUCAAAGUCAGUUAUUUAAGAAAAGUCAUUUUUCUUCCAUUUCUUUUCCGUCUGAUAAGCAGUUUGUAUAAAAGCCAUGAAACAUAUUAGAUGUGACUUCAGGCUCAGUUUUUAUUUAUUUAUUUUACAUUUUGUAAUCGUUAAGGUCAAUCUUGUAUUUGAGUUAAACCAUGAAUCAGAUUAACUUGGAUUUCUGGAUGCAGCUUUCUCAGCAGUAUGGCCCGGUGUUCAGCCUGAGGAGAGGCAGUGAGAGGACGGUUUUCAUUUCUGGAUAUAAGAUGGUCAAAGAGGCGCUGGUGAACCAGCUGGACAGCUUUGUGGACCGGCCCAUCGUCCCGCUCUUCCACGUGGUCUUCAAAGGCAUCGGUGAGUCAGUCUGUCUGUCUGUCUGUGAAAUAAAACAACUCUUUCAAAAGCGUCCGUGGUCAUUGUCAUCAAACUUUUCCCGCAGGAAUCGCUCUGAGCAACGGUUACCUGUGGAAGAAACAGAGGAAGUUCGCCAACACUCACCUGCGUUACUUUGGAGACGGCCAGAAGACUUUAGAAAAUUACAUUCAUGUGGAAAACAACUUCCUGUGUGAAGCUUUUAAAGACGAACAAGGCAAGUAGACCACGGACUCACACACGGGUCAUUAAACACAACUAUGACAUUUAAAAAGGCUGAAACUGCUCCACAGUGCACACAGUGGUUACCUCAACUUUGACCUUACUUUAACCCUCCAGAAAAACCCUUUAACCCUCACUUUAUCAUCAACAACGCCAUCAGCAACAUCAUCUCCUCUGUGGUCUUUGGACAUCGCUUUGAAUACAGCGACCAGAACUUUCAAAGAAUACUGAAGCUGGACAACGACGCGGUCCUGCUGGCUGGCUCUCCUCAGACUCAGGUCAUUUUACAGAUAACUCAGGAGAUCUGUCCAUACAUGGAUGAACAGUAUCUGUCAAUGUCUAUGAAGACCUCUAAGUGUCUGUAAAUGUCUAGAAAUAUCUUUAAGCGUCUGUAAGUGUCUGUAGAUCUCCGUGAGGAGGUCUGAGGUCUGUCCCUUUACACUUGUCCACAGCUGUAUGAUGUCUUUCCUGGACUGAUGAAGCACCUGCCGGGACCUCACCAGACCGUCCAUGACAAUUACCGUCAAAUCAUGGACUUCCUGAAACAGGAGGUGGAGAAGCACAAGGAGGAGUGGAACCCUGACGACCCACGGGACUUCAUAGACGUCUACCUGACGGAGAUGGAGAAGGUGAGAUCAUGUUUUAUCCAUGAUCAAUGAAACUUCCUGGAACCAAUGAAUAAACUCUUCCUGUCAACAUAUUUAAAAUAGUUUAAAGUUUUUUGUGGGAUUUCAUCAUAUUUUCUCUCAAAUAUAGAACAAAUAUCUGAACAGUUUGAAGUCGUGAUGAACCCGCGGCUGGAAAGAGCUGAGACGGUUCCGUUCAGACGACACUUUUAGAAGGAUAAAGUGUAAAAAUUAAAGUUUAAACUUUUACACAGAGUUAAUUAAGGCUGCACGAUAUUGGAAAAAAAUAAUAUUGCGAUUUUUUCAACCCUGCGAUAUAUAUUGCGAUAUUAAAAAUACAGUAUUAUCACCAGAUGACCUGAAUAGCAUUUAAUGUUAUGCUGCACUGCUGAAAUCUUGAGGACAGUUAAUCUGCUCUGAUCUUACCUCUUUUUGUGAAUGUUAGAAUGGCUUCUGUCUGUCUCAGAGAUAUUUUUAGCUUUUAUUGUGCUGGGACGUUAUUGUGGCAACAGAUGAACACAGAACACGUGUUUUGGUCGACAUCAUCCUUCUUUUAACCGAAAUAAUUCCAGAUAACUGACUUUCCUUUUUCUUUUUGGACAACAAAUCUUCAUUUUCGGUGGUUUUCGCUUGUUCGUUGUUCAUUUUGCGAUCGUUGUUGUUGUUGUUAGCGGUGUCGUGCCGAGAAACGCAUGUCCUCCGAGAAUUGCAUGCACCUCGCAAAACGCGCACUGCUUAUAGUAGAGUGGUCCACGGAAAUGUACAAUUUAAAACCCAUACAGUUCUUAUUUGUUGGGCUUAACAGUCAUGAGUAAAGUUCUGAAAGUAAUUCUCAGCGGACACACGUCUCCCUCCAUGUGCAGAACAUGUGCAGGGGUGGAUUUUCUCCUCCCUGAUUUUGAUUGACAGCUGGCAGGGUAGUCUGAUUGGCAACUGAGAAGUGAGUCUGAUUGGCAACUGAGUUAAGGACGAAGGUGAUUGGUGGAUCGCUGCACAGCACAUGCAGAGUCACAUGGAGUGUAUCUCAGUCGGUUACCCUUGAAAUUAAAUGAGUUCAUUCACCUCCAAUAUCGCAGGCUCUGCGAUGUGACUAUCGCACACACGUACAUCGCGAUGACGAUAGUCAAACGAUAUAUCGUUCAGGCCUAGAGUUAACGGUCGAACGCCUGAAUUCAGUUAAAACAGGAUUUGUCAGGUUUUCGUGAGAUCCAGUCCCGAUCCUCAGCCCAUUGCUCUAAAAUGAGAGGGGCGGGGGGGGGGGGGGGUUUCAUGUGUUUGUAUUAAAAAAGAGGAAAUAAAGACGCCUUCUGCUGAUUGGCUGACAGAAUAAAGAGGAUCCUCAGGCUGGAUUCAACAUAGAGACCCUGAUGGUCUGCAUCCUGGACCUGAUCGAGGCGGGGACAGAAACAUCUGCCACCACUCUACGCUGGGCGCUCGUCUACAUGAUGAACUACCCGCAGAUCCAGGGUCGGUUUUUAAUCGCCAUCGCCAAUCAGCUGAUCUUCAGGUGGACUUCCAUCGUUAACCUGACUGUGCUCUCCCUCAGAGAAAGUCCAGUCAGAAAUCGACCGGGUCAUCGGGGAGUCUCGUCAGCCAACCCUCGCUGACAGACCCAGCAUGCCUUUCACCGACGCGGUCAUCCACGAGACCCAGAGGUUAGGAAACAUCGUUCCCAUGGGGUUCCCCAAAAUGGCCAGUAAAGACACGACGCUGGCAGGUUACAUCAUACCGAAGGUACGGGACACCUGAACAGACCAAAGCGGGUAUUCAUGGUGGACCAUUAACAAUCAAUAACCAGCUGAUCGGCUCCUGUACUACAGACUCACGCCUGAGUCAGCACUUUUCUGGUCGAUUGAUUAUUAACACUAACGCUGAUAAACCUCUGAUGUGUCUGCACGACCAUCAGUGUUAUAUAUGACCCUCUCUGUGCUGCUCAUAAUCUCUCACCUCUAUAACAACGUAACACGUCGAACCUUUAACGUCUCAGGGCACGGCGAUCACGACCAUCCUGGCGUCUGUGCUGUUUGAUAAGGACGAGUGGGAGACUCCAGAUGUCUUCAAUCCUGGACACUUCUUGGACUCGGAGGGGCGGUUUCGUAGGAGAGAGGCCUUCUUACCUUUUUCUGCAGGUCCCUCUGAACUGGUUCACUUAGAAGAGAAUACUGAGCUUUCAGAAACAACGUUCACACCUGACUCACCUGUCUGCUGUUUCACUCUCAGGUAAACGAGUCUGUUUGGGGGAGCAACUGGCGAAAAUGGAGCUGUUUCUUUUCUUGACCACUCUUCUCCAACGCUUCACCUUCUGUCCUCUUCCUGGAGAAACGCCGAGUUUGGAGGGUGUGCAGGGCUUCACCAAUUCCCCUGCCGAGUUCAGGAUGCUUGCUGUGCCCCGCUGACUUCCUCCAGGCCGACUUUAACCCCGACAGACCAACGUUUGUCGCCUGGGCCUGGAGAUCUGGAGAUCUGCUCUGUGUUAAAGACGUCAGGAUGAAAUAUCUGAUUUACUCUUAAUUUGAAAUGUUAGAGAAAAUAUCACAUCUGUGAAUAAAGGAGUAAAGCUUCAGUGAGCUGCAGAUUCUCAUCUCCAGUUUAUUUUACAUAGGAAAAGAUUUAGAGGAGAGGUUCAUAUUGAUGUGGUUGUUCACCUGCAGCUCACCUGAGCCAUCAGCUUUGGGAACCAGUCAGAAGACCACACAGGUUAUGGUUGAUGGUGAAUGAUGAUAUUGAUCUCAGUAAAAAUAAUUAAUUAAGAAGUAUUAAAAGAUGAUAAAUCAAUUGUGAAAAUUGAGGCCCUUAAAAAGUAUUAAAAAGUCUUAAUCCCGAUGAUACGAGGUAUUAAAUUUGACUGGUUUUCAAGCUUUGAAUCCAGGUUAGACUAUCGCACAUACAUACAUGUACACAAUCAUGCUUUCGUGUUUUUUAAUGUUUGUAUUUUUGUAAGAAUUGGCAGCAUUUCAUGAAUUUGAGUUGAAAAAUUGAUAUUUUAGUGUGAAAAAAAUUAUAUAUUUUAGAAUAAAAAAAGAAUGCCGUAGUAUAGUAUGAUAAAAAAUUUCAUAGUAUAGUUUGAUUAAAAAAAAUGUCACAGUGUAGUUUGAUAAAAAUUUUAAAUUUUUGUGUGAAAAAAAAAUUCAUGUUAUGGAAUAAAAACAAAUGUCAUAGUGAAGUAUGUUGAAAAAUUUUGAAAUAGUGUUAAUUUAUUUUUUCAUAUUUUCUAUAAAAAAAUUCCAUAGUAUAGUAUGAUAAAAAAAUGUUAUAGUAUAGUAUGCAAAAAAAAUUAUAUUUUAGUUUGAAAUAAAAUUUAAUAAUUUAGUUUGAAAAUAAAUGCCACAGUAUAGUAUGAUAGAAAUGUCAUGGUAUAGUUUGUUUAUAGUUUCACAUUUUGUUUGUAAAAAGAUAUAUUGUUGUUGUAAAAGAUACAUAUUUUGGGAUGAAAGAAAUGCCAUAUUAUAGUAUGAUAAAAAUGUCAUAGUAUAGGAUGUAAAAAAUGUCAUUGUAUACUUUGAUAAAAAAAGUCAUAUUUUUGUGAUAAAAUAAUUCAUAUUUUAAUCAAAACAUAAAUGCCACAGUGUUGUUUGAUAAAAAGUUUAAAUUUUUGUGUGAAAAAAAAUUUCAUGUUUUGGAAUGAAAACAAAUGUCAUAGUAUAGUAUGUUGAAAAUUUUCAAAAUUGAGUGUGAAAAUUUGUUUAAUAUUUUCUUACGAAAAAAAGGCCAUAGUAUAGCAUGAUAAUAAUGUCAUAGCAUAGUAUGUUUAAAAUUUUCCAAUUUUUGAGUGAAAAAAAAUUUCAUGUUUUGGAAUGAAAACAAAUAUCAUAGUAUAGUAUGAUGAACAUUUUCAAAAUUGAGUGUGAAAAAAAAUUCAAAUUUAAAUUUCAUAUUUUAGUCAGAACAUAAAUGCCAUAGAAAAGUAAAAUAAAAAUGUCAUGGUAUAGUACGUUAAAAAUUUCUAAUUUUAUGUAGAAAAAAAAAUCAUAUAUUGGUAUUAAACAGAUGUUAUAGUAAAGUAUGUAAUAAAAAUUCCUAUUUUAGUGUGAAAAAAAAUCAUAUUUUGAAAUGAAAACAAAUGUCAUAGUAUGUAAAAAAAAUAUAUUUUAGUGUUAAAAAAUUUUUAUAUUAUAUAUUAUAUAUAAUAAAUGCCAUUGUAUAGUAUGAUAAAAAAUAUCAUAGUAUAGUAUGUAAAAAAUGCCAUAGUAUACUUUGAUUAAAAAAAAUCAUAUUUUUGUGGUCACAAAAGUUAUCAGUCAACACAUAAAUGCCAAAGUAUAGUAUGAUAAAAAUUUUAAAUUUUUAUGUGAAAAAAAAAUUAUAUUCUGAAAUUAAAAGAAAUGUCAUAUUAUAGUAUGUUAAAUAUUGAUAU